GCCCCUCGGAGGGGAGAUCGAGGGCUAGCCCGCUGGGGCUGCAGGUUCGGCUGCGCGGCGGGGCUGAGGUGGCCGCGGGGCCAGAUUGCAGGGAGUGAAGCUUGGAUUCCAAGCCUUUCGGUGCUGGGGACAGCCAGGUCUUGCACACAGGGCAUAAAGCCGUGCUUCCUGAGAAAACUAAAAAAGGGUCUCACCGGGUAGCAGAUGAGCCUCGUUUUCAUCUGGAAGAUUGGGGAAGAAGCUACUCCCAGGGUCUCAUAAGCUUUCUGGACGCCGAGGUCCCGAGCUGAUGGCAGACAAUGUCAGCCACUAACAACAUCGCCCAGGCCCGGAAGCUGGUGGAACAGCUCCGCAUUGAAGCCGGGAUUGAGCGCAUCAAAGUCUCCAAAGCUUCAUCUGAACUCAUGAGUUACUGCGAACAGCACGCCCGGAACGACCCAUUGCUGGUCGGGGUCCCUGCCUCAGAGAACCCUUUUAAGGACAAGAAGCCUUGUAUUAUCCUAUAGCUCUGUCCCCUGUGCGUUCAGCUCCUUCUCUUCUUCCCUGUCUCCCUUUUUCUCUCAGGCAGGGUAUCACUCAGUGUCUAGCUCAAGUGAAACAUCUCGAGUCCCCAAAACUUUCAAUUCCAAAAGAAACACCAAAAGAAACCCCCCAAAACAAAAAAGUUUCCACUGCCCAAAAGGGGUAAAAUGUAUUCUUUAGAUUUAGAUGGAUUUUCAGACCUGACGACACAGCUGUCUCACAGGCCUAGCCCAGAUGGGACGGUGGCUUCACAGCCAGUUCCAAUUAAGAAUAACCAAGAUGCCCAAGCAAUGUAAUAACAAUUUUUUUAAACUCUCAAUUGCCAUUCAAAUUGUGGUAUUGGAGCUGAGAAGGAAAGGAGGGUGAAGCUGCUUUAAGUUCAGGGGAUCUGUCCCCUGGGGGUAGUAAUUCCUUCACAAUUGGCUAUGUGUAAAAAGACUUCACCAUUUUGCUGGGAUGUUUUUUGUUUUUUAAGUAGAAGUAAAACUGGGGUUGGGAGGGGUGGGACGACAAUGACCUUUUUUUGUAAAAAAUCUCUCCACUUAAAAAAUUGUUAUUCCAUACUGCUGACAUCAGAUUUAAAAAUGGCUGAACCUGUAGCUAAACUGCACACCUAGUGCACAAAUGGAUUGUAGGAGCCAGGCGGGGGGGUUGUCUACGGUAUGCACUCUGGGUUGCCAAGCAUCACUCCCCUAAAUGGCAUUUGUCACUUAUCCUUUCCUGGGGACCCCAUCCAGUCCAAAAAGUGGGUUUUCAGGCAGUCAUUGGCCCAGUCAGUUAUGUUUUAUUUUAAGCACAAGGCAUCCAUGUAUCAAGGAGGGGCUUUGAUCAUACCUGGCCCUUCCGGGUUGUUUUCCACUUUCUCGAAUCCUCAUGGCCAUUUUUCAAACUGGAAUGCAAUCCAGGAGCCUCUGCCUAGUGGGCCAUACAGCCUUGUACAUGGACGUGUAAAAAGUUGCCAAAUUAUCUUGAAGUGACCGCAAAGGACUCUGGGAGGUGAGAUCCUUUGUCCCAGUGAGGGAAAUAUCCGAUCAGGUCCCUCAUACCUAAUUGUUUUGGUUUGCCACCCUGUCACAACCCAGAAGGGCUGGUUUGAGGAUGGGAAGUAUGUUUUGUGGAGAAUCAGUCACUCUUUCCAAUGGCCUUGGAAAUUUAAGAUGUCAUGAAGGGGGCUUUUAAAGAUGACUUUUUCCCCUUUUACGACACAGACAGUGACAGGAGCAGGCAGAAAAAGGGAGGUGCUGCAGGCACACCCUCCACCACCUGUCUGCAUCACCUGGCCACAAAUGAGAUAGAUCCUGGGCAGUGGGGACGCCCCACAGCCCUGGACUCAGAUGGCCCAGAUGGAGAUCAAAGCCUGAAGGCUUGUGCCAGGACAUCCACCUGGAUCCUCCCUGCAGGCCCAUGGAGCAGGGGCCGGAGCCGUGGCCAGCUUCUCCAUGCUCCCUACACAGCCACCUCCGAGGGCAGGGACUGAGGUUCCCACCUUGCCCAGGCUGGCAGGUGUCAGGUAGCUGCAGGGGAAGAGCAGGUGCAGGUGCUGGGGGGUGGCCCUCCGUCCUCUACCCCGGGCUGGCUCCCGGGAGGAACAGAUGGUAGGGCAAGCUUCUCCCAGGCAUCCAGCUCUCUGCAGCUGAUCCAGAUGGGCCAGAGCUCUGGUUGCCUCCACCAAACCUGUUGCUGGACCAGGAGUUCCUGAAGACUACAGCCUCCUGCAGAGCCUAGGCGAGCAGGGCCCAGGGCAGGCCUUUCUACCAGCCCUAGGAGGAUUGGUGGGAAGAAACAAAAGCCUGUCCCAGGACCCAGUGAGCACCCCUGCAGGGAGGCCAAGGGCCCCACCCCACCCACCCUUUCCAAGCCACCGCCUUGGCACCUGGGAACCAAGGCUCCCCGUUUCUCCUUGAAAGAAGCCUUAAUCCCUUGAGGUGGUGUCACAUUCUCUCAUGGUCAUCCUUCCCCCUUCGUCCUCGCUGUCCAGGUCCUCUGGGCAUCAGGCCCCACAGAGAAUAAUUGAGUUUUCAUUCAGUGUCAGCAGCACUCCAGGGACCUAAGCCUCCCUCCUCAUCCUUUUCCUCUGCCUCCUGCCUUGCCUGGGCUGCGGGAGGAGGAGGAUACAACUGUGCCAAACCCAGCCCCACUCACGGGUCCCCACUAGUGAGGUCCCAGAGAAACUAGCAGGGAUCCCAGGACCGAGGGGGAUGAUGGGGCCAAGCCCGAGCUUCCCAGCCCCAGACGCCUACUCUGGGCUCACCUGUCCCACAUAGAGGACCCUGGGGUCUGAGCCUUUUUAGUUUUAGGUAAACUGAGGCCUGGGAGAGGGACAGGGUGGCAUUUCCCAAGAGUCAGGUCUGGGCUACCCAUUCUUGGGUGUCUCUGCCCUGCCCCCACAGCCCCACCAUCUAAACACCUGCUCUGCCCAUGGCUUUGGACCCCAGGGAGGUGGCAACUAGCAAAAGCCCAUCGAUUUCUUUCUAGCUUUUAGAGUAAAUCUCUAAGCCCACACCGAGGGAAAUGUCUGUGCAGACCCAACACCCAAUUGCACAUAUACAGAUGACCACGUGUGCAUGUCUGACGGGAAUAUCUGCUAAGUACACAGUGUCCAGGCAUUUUCAGGAUUGCUGGGAGCUGGUAUGGAUGGCAGUGUCUCUCUCAACCUCGUCAGGGAAAAGAGAUUUGAGGACACUCACCCAGGCACCUACCUGCGCCAGUAACAAACAACAAAAUAAAAACAUAGCAGGCAGGGAGUAGGAUUCAGGCCCAGGGUCUCCCAUGGGUGGGAUACCAGGUAGGGAGUUCAGGGCCAACUUGGCCCAACCCCACCUGGUGUCCCACCUGGGCACCUUCCCCUUUCCUCCUUGACUCCAGGAAGGCAAUAGAAUGGGCAUCUCUCCCCCACCCUCCCCAGACCAAGCAUGAAGUGGCGCAGUUGUGACCUCUAGGCCUCCAAGGGACACACACACACAGGGAGGUGUGGCGUGGGGCUGGGGCGGAAGGUAUUUGUCUUUCUUACUCUCUGCCGGUCCCUUUGAUGGGCCUCCACUCAUCCAUCUUGUCAAGCCCUGGGGCAGCAGGAAAAGGCCAUCAGAGCCCUGCCGGUGCAGGAGUGACCCGGGAGGGGAUGUCCGGACUGAGGUGAAGCCACUGAACCAUCGCUCUUCCUCAAAGGGCACUCAUAAAAAAGUCAGCCAACUUAAGAAGCCAUAUGCCAGGCUCACCACUUGUCCCAUGUCCUCGGACACAGUUGCCAAGCAUGGUGAAGGCCUGUCCCCUGUUCUUUGCAGGUUCCACUCCAUCUGCAUUUCGAUGUCCCAUUGUUUUUAUUUAUGAUUUUUUUAAGAUUCCAGGUGUGCCACACCCACUUUCUCGCAGUGUUUUAAUAUUGUGUGGAAUUGUUGAUACAAAGUGAAUUCAUACACAAUAAAAAGACUCACUUUUCCUUUUCUCCUGGCUCAAGCCCUUCCUUCUGUCUCUGAGGUGCCUACAGAGGGGACAGGCUGCACAUCAACUCCACUCUCUCUGUCCGCCCUG